CGCGGCCGCCCGCGUGCCGGGCAAGAUGGCCUCGCGUGCCCUGGUGUGGCACGCGUGCCGGGGGCUGCCCAUCUCCGACCUGGAGAAGAUCGCCUUGGACUACAUCGUGCCCUGCCUGCACGACAUCGGCUUCUGCUACCUGGAUAAUUUCCUGGGCGAGGUGGUGGGGGACUGCGUGCUGGAGCGCGUGAAGCAGAUGCACUACAGCGGGGAGCUGCAGGAUGGGCAGCUGGCCGGCCAGAGACACGGCAUCGCCAGGCGGCAUUUGAGGGGAGACCAGAUCAAGUGGAUCGGAGGCACGGAGGAAGGGUGCGAGGCCAUCAACUUCCUCCUGUCCCUGAUAGACAGGCUGGGGAUGUAUUGUGGCACCAGGCUGGGCAACUACUAUGUCAAGGAGAGGUCCAAGGUUGGCCAGAGGGGUCAGAAAGGGAAAACAGAUUCUAAAAUGGUUCCCGUAAUGACUUGCUACAAGCAACAGGUGCCAUUCUCCCUGGAUUUACAUGCUAUGGUAGCCUGCUACCCUGGGAAUGGAACCGGAUAUGUUCGUCAUGUGGACAACCCAAAUGGUGAUGGGCGCUGUAUCACUUGCAUAUACUACCUGAAUAAAAACUGGGACUCGAAGUUGCAUGGCGGAAUACUUCGGAUAUUCCCAGAAGGAAAGUCCUAUGUGGCAGACGUUGAGCCCAUUUUUGACAGAUUACUCUUUUUCUGGUCAGACCGAAGAAACCCACAUGAAGUUCAACCUUCCUAUGCAACCAGAUAUGCCAUGACUGUGUGGUAUUUUGAUGCUGAAGAAAGAGCAGAAGCCAAAAAAAAGUUCAGGAAUUUAACUGAUGCAGGGAAGAGAGAAGCAACUCUCAAUGAAGACUAAACAGCUGUCUGAACUCUUUUUGCAAGCAAUUGGAUCCAAAGAUGACUUGUUAGUUUCCAGUGAACCAUUGGACAUUCUUACACACAAGAAUGCACUGUGUCUCUGUCUAGCACACACAUAAUACAUCAAUGGUACUCCUGGCAGUCUCCAAUCACACCUGCAUCUAGCAGAAGGAACCCUUGUUUUCUAUUUGCCUUUAACUAAGAAAGUAACUGGGGUUUGAGUAAGAGAAGGAUACUGCUAAGCCUAAUGUUAGUGAAUAAGCCAGCUGGCUUUUGGUAAUGCUGGUAAUAAAGAUGACAAGUAUUGGAACCAGUGGGGAAAAACCUGAGUCUUAUUUGCACUUUAUGUAAAUUUUCUAGCUCAAUGGGAAGGAGCUUUACAAAUUAAAAUCUGUGGCAGACUGUAGAUGGGCUAGGCAAGAUACUGAAAAUGUGAAAUUAAACUAGGUAUUUAUAAAGGGUCAUCUUUUGUUAUGCUAAACGUGGGGCCAUCGAUGGACUGCUAAUCACUUUGCGGCACAAAGCAUUGGCUUAACUCUUCUAUUUUCUUACUUUCUAAGAAGAUAAUCAUCCACGUUGUCAUCAAAUCGCCUGUAUUUUAUUCAUAUUUCAGAAGUUGAACAGCAGCUCUUCAGUUGUUUUGCCUUUGCACAGCACUAGAAAUGAAGGGGGAGGUGGUCAUGCAGACAUCCAAUUUUAUGAACUGUUCCUUUCUGAUCUGAGAUGGAUCUAUGUAUUUUUUCCAUAUAUUUUAUAAAAUGCUGCUUUUCCCCCAAAGAUUGGUUAGCUUGGAAGGUCAUUGAGAGAAAUGCCUUAGGCCUAAAAGCCAAUCUACUUUUUUUCUACCUUUACACAUCCUCUUUUUUGUAUGACAGAAGCAUUAAUCUAAAAGGUAAAGUUAUGUUCAGCAGCCAGACAAAUGUAGGAUAUGUAACAACAGUUGGCUGAAGCACUUCAGGAGCCAGAUCCACAAGGGUAUUUAGGUACUGAAAUCAAUGGGAGCAUAGGCACCUAAAUAUGAUUUUGAAGAAUUUGAAUGUAGAAUUUGAAUGUAACAAACCAAGUAGGACAAAAACACUGUUACACCAAGUAAUUAUUUUCCCUCCUGCAUUUGAGCCAUAAGGUGUACAAAGAGAGGAUUUGGUUCCAAUGAACAAGCACAUAUUUUCUUUUCCAAGAUAAUUUUGUUAAGAGUAGCUUCCAAGUUGUCCCAAGGCAACUUAAACUUUUGCAACAGCACUUAAUCAGCAGUUCAAGAAGUUCUCACUGUAUCUAGAAGAAUUUCAGUGGACAUACUUACCACAUAAAUUAGUUGUUUUUGUUUCAAAGUAAUUAUACACUCAUAUAUACUAACUUUCUCUCUUCCUUAAUAUUUAUUCAAGAUUGUGAGUGUAUGUCAGUUAGUACUAAGAUCUUCCAAGUAUAUGUUUUUCUCCGCAUCCUAUAUUUCCUCCAUGUAUAAGAACCCACGAUGGCUUUGGUAGAACCUGCCAACUACCCUUUUUCCUUCUUUACUUCAACCAUCUCAUUAAUCAUUGAUUUACAGUAGAUAGGCUUCCUAUUGCCAUGCCAUGAUUGGCCAGAGGGGGAGCAAUUGUCAGUUCAUCUUUUGUCUUCCACAACAUUGAGGCAUAGAAUGAGAAUGACAGUUCGGCAGUGUGUAGCACCAAGGUUAAGCUCUUUUGAGGUUAUUCAGAUUACCUAGCUAGUGACAAAAGGGCAACAGCUAUGUAGGGUGUAAAGGCAUCAAAAUGGUAGUAGGAAAUGAUUAUUUCUGAGGAGAGAAAUUUCGUAUCCCCAUACCUGAUAUUGAAGACUUAAUAUAAAUAUACCAUUUUUGGCCAACCCUUCCUACUCACGCUCCUGGAAACCUGUGUGUGAUUAUUAGGGGUCUGCCCAAACCAAGGAGGCAGGCAGCUGAUUUUGUGGGUAGAUUGCAGAGCUGGCCACCAUUUUUGUGAAUUUAUUGUGGUGGGGCCCCUCCACAUCUCUGGCCAAGUGACUCCACUCCCAGUUAGUUGAGGGCUGUCCAUCAUGCAGCCCCAUUCCUCGCUGCUGAUUGGUAGAAGGGUGGGACCAGGUGACAGGCAGCCCUCAGCCAAUCAGCAGUGAGGGGUGGGGACCAUAGCCAUCUUGCCUGCUCACCUUCAUGCUGGCAGCCCCCCUCCCCCUUUCUCUGUCUGGUGGGAUGUGCACCAUGAGGACU